AUGGCUUCACCUGGGUCUCUCUAUUCUGGAUCUCUGGAAAGCAAAAGUACUCCCGAUACUCCCGAAACUGGACCUUAUGACGGGUAUUUCAACCUGAACACGCCAUCACACCUCCGUCUUUCCCCAGGUGAUGACUUUUAUGCUGAGUGGAAAGCACUCCCUUCACGGCUACUUGAAUCCCCAUCACCUAUCCCACCUAAUGUACAGUUUCACUCACAUAAAUCGUCCCAUGGAACGGCGACUCAACAUAACCUGCCUAGAGACUGUACGUUUGACCUUGCUGGAGCUCAAGGAAUACAACAUUGUCCAAACGAGAACAGUGUCGAAUGCUUCGCUGCGGUCACGGAUAAGUCCUCUCCAAACUCUGAAAUAUUCCGCUACUAUCUCGAAAAUACCGACUCAGGGGGUCAAUUACACUCCUCUCGGGUACUAAGCGAUAUGUGCCUCACUUCCAACAAAUACCAAUCAGAUUGGAGUAUGGAUCAAAAUGAGCUAUCAGCUGCGUCCACCCGUCACCUAAAAAUCUGUAAUAUUGCUCCGGCAACCUCCCUCGUCAUUCUUUAUGAAACUUUACAGGAAUUUGGCGAUAUCCAAGAGUUUUACACCCAGAAACUUCAUCUCGACGGAUUUUGUGUGGUUUCCUACUUCGAUAUCCGCGACUCGAUGACUGCUUACCGCAAACUUCAAGCCGAACACCCUCUAUCGAUACAGUUUUGCCCUAGUGGAUAUGUCACUAUGAAGCUUGUAAUUGGCAGUAACCUCUCAGGACGAGAGAUCGACAAUCAGUCAGAUAUUAUGUGUAUAGUUACCUCUGGUGGUUGCUCGAGUAAUGUCCGCCGCAUUCUAUACUAUGUUCUUUCCGACUUUGGCUCCAUCUCCAAGUUUACGGCACUUGAAAACAGUAGUCCUCCGGCGUUCUUGGUCACUUUCUUCGACACACAUGAUGCGUUUGACAUCAUUGAUACUCUCGACGGGCAAUAUGUCGAGGGUUUCCGACUUAAAUUGAGUUUUUACGAUCCCGAUAUUCUCGCCUGGAACCCUGGAUUCAGCGCGCUUCGUACUCGAACGGAUGAAAACGGCCGUGUGCAUAUCGUAUCUUCGCAGGAUACAGAUGUUGGAGUAUAUAGUCCUAAGUCUAGUCACCCGUCUAUUGAUUUCACUUGUCGACGUGACUCUAGCAGUUCUGUCGAUAGCAGAUAUGGUGCGGAUCGAGAAGGCGAGAAAUACUUCGAAGCAGUAUAUUCUGGUGGUUAUGUCACUCCCAAGAGAUCCGGGCUUACUCCACUUGGUUUAAAACCAAGUUAUAGGCGCACCCCAGAUAACUUCCGGACUGAUAGUGGUCAAUUUCAAGAUUCGUUUUCAUAUCUUCCAUCCAACAAAUCCCAUGUACCAGACAUAAAAAUAAAGGAUCCCACAGUAUCAGCUUCUCCUACAUGUCCAUACCCACUCUUUGGCAAUGAAAUAUCACCAAAGUCAAACGAAAGGUUGCAUGGUCAAGUUCAAGUUCCGGGGAAGAAUGUAAUUGAUUUGGAGCGUAUUGCGCGCGGUCUUGAUACCAGAACCACGGUGCGAUAG